AUGAAAUCUGGCUUCGGCAGGUCGUUAAACGGUGCUUCGGUUUAUUUGGCAGCAAAUUAUGACCACCUGUUUUUGGGUGGUUUCAAACGAAAGUACCUCUGUAAGGAGAACGAUGGAUUUCGCGUCCGGAAUACAUGGCGAAGAAAAGUUUGUGUUUUCGCAAAACGGAUUGAUGAACGGCAGGUUAUGAAUGAACGUCGACCUGGUAGUAAAAGCAACGAGCCGGCUGCCGUGGCGGCUGUUCGUAGUGGAGCUGGCUCUGCGACCACUGGGUUGUCUGAAACGCUCAUCGGCUUUUUUCCACACUCGGCUGAAAGUACUGAAGCUGUGCCAACGACUGUGCCGUCGAUCAGGGAGUGA